GAAGUCGAGGGAGUACCCUGCUGCAAUGACAUGCAGUUACUCUGGGCUCAGCAGCACUGCUAUUGUUUUGGAAUUAGAAUUUGUUUAAUAAAGCUUGAGCUAACAACGUGUGGCUCACUUUAUUACGCUUUAUUGGUGACCACGACAUUUUUCAAACUGGUUUUGAAUCGCACAAUGAAAGCAGCUAACAGCCCACCCGAUGCAGUCGCUGGCCCUCCGGCUCAGCAGAAUGCCAUUGCGGUUAAAUUGCCCGUGUUUUGGACGUUGCAGCUGCACGUAUGGUUGGAGCAGGCCGAGGCUCAAUUUCAUAUUCAGCACAUUACUGCCGACGACACAAAAUAUUAUUACGUGGCCGGGGACUUGGAUAAGGACACGGCUGGUCGUCUCGUUCAUUUACUUCGCCAGCCGCCAUCAGCCGUCAAGUAUGAUGGCCUGAAGACACUCCUAUUAUGCACUUUCGGGCUGAGCAAGCGCGAGCGGACUGCGAGGAUUCUGUACGUGGGUGGUCUCGGUGAUCGCAAGCCAUCGGACCUGUCGGCAUUGCAGCCCGCAGCCAUUUUCUGUGUCGGUUGUGGGUUCCAUCGGAAGGCUGGUUUCCAGCUGGGUAGAGAUCAGGGGCCGUUCCAAAUGGCCAUGCAUGUGGAUCAGAUACAGUCUGCAUCGUCAUGGAGCAGCAGAGUAACGGUGGAGGGCAUCGACACAUCGCCUGGUCAAGCUGACCCCUGCAACUCCAACCCAUUGGCCAUGCAUGUGGAUCAGAUGCAGCCUGCAUCGUCACGGAACAGCGGUGGAGGGCAUCGACAUGUCACCUGGUCAAGUUGACCCCUGCAACUCCAACCCACUGGCCAUGCAUGUGGAUCAGAUGCAGUCUGCAUCGGCACGGAGCAGCAAAGCAACGGUGGAGGGCAUCGACACAUCACCUGGUCAAGCUGACCCCUGCAACUCCAACCCAUUGCUACCUCCUGGACAAUGUGCCUGCCUUUAUGGCCAAGUUGAGACUCGCACAUGUUUAAUAACUCUGAACUUGAAGGGCACAAGAUGUCGCUAGAAACAUGGUGACUCUCGUGUAGUGCCUCAAUGUGAUCUACUAAUCUCACACUCCUGUACUUUAGUAUGAUUGUGCCCCAUUUACAACAAGAUUCUUACUGAACUGUAUAUCAUACAUGAAGUUCACUCUACCUAGAUACAUGAGACAAUAAAGUGCCAUUGGAUCAUUCACUGUGAGAAACAUAGAAAAGUGGCUUUCAAAAUGAUGCACUUUUUGGUGACUACUUCAUUUCAAAUAUUAUGUUUAGUUCCCAAUAAAUUGCUGUUUCCUUAUGGAUAUGUCAGAGCAAAAGGAUUUUUAUUUACCUUGCACAAUUUGUGGAAUUGCUUCACCAGUUUCAUCAUUUCCUAGAUCUUCAAAAGGCAUUAUUUUCGUCUUCCUUUUUGGCACCUUUACCUUCCCUUUGAUCUGACAUCAAGAACAAUAAAGACAAUUAUUUUAAUGCACAAAAACCCAACAAAAAACAGUGAAUUAUCCAUGGCUGGCAUGAGGAAUUAAAGGGUGUUAAAAAGCUCAUACAUUGUCAGAAAUAGUUUUUGACCUGAAGAAUGGGAAAAUUUAGAACAAAGGAGAAUGAAGAAAUUGAUAAAGAGAUGCCAGAUGGAAUACAAGACAAGGUGUGCAAAAUGAUGAGGGGAGUAGAUAGGAUGAAUGCACAGCCUAUUACCCAGAGUAGGGGAAAUCAAGAAGCAGAGAACAUAGAUUUAAGGUGAAAGGGGCAAUAUUUAAGAGGAACCAGAGGGUCAACUUUUUCCACACACAGGGUGGUGUGUAUAUAGAAGGAGCUGCCAGAGGAGAUAGUUAAAACAGGUACUAUAACAUUAUUUAAAAAAAAACGCUUGGCACAUGUGGAUAGGAAAGAUUUGAAGAGAUAUGGGCCAAAUGUGAGCAAAUGGGACUAGAAUAAAUCUCACUUGGCAUGGGUAAGGUGGACCUAAAGGCCUGUUUCCAUACUAUGCCUCGCAUGGUGUGAACAUAAAAUGGACUGCAGGAGUAUAAUGCUAAAGAUGGCAGGUGUUGGCCCUUACAGGCAGAGACAGGAGAAUUAAAUAUGGAGAAUGGCAGAGAAGUUAAAUAAUUCAUUUAAGUUUGUCUUAAAGAAAUAAUACAGGUAUAUGAGUGAACAAAAAGCCAGUGAGAAUAGUAAGAUUAAACGAGAACUUACCAGUUUGAAGUUUGAUCUGUAUUUUAUGAGGAGUUACGAUGAGGGAUUACGUGAAGAAGCCCGCCCCAGCACGCAUUGCGGCAUACUUCAAAGCAGCGGUGUGGAAUCACAGAUAGACACAAGAUUUGAAGUAACAUAGUGAAGAAUAAAGAGACAUCAAUUUAUCAGUUUGAUCCAUGUAAUGAGGGUGGGAGCGGAGGGCACGUAAUCCCUCAUCGUAACUCCUCAUAAAAUACAGAUCAAACUUCAAACUGGUAAGUUCUCGUUUAAUCUUACUAUUUUACUUCGGAGUCACGUGAGUGACUACGUGAAGAUUUCAAAGCUUCUGUGAUUUCAAACCGUGUAACAGCUUUAUAUCACUCGCUGCCGAAGCCUUUGAGGGAGGAAGCGUGUUAUCAUAAUGAACCAAUGAAUCUGUUUAUAGAAAAACAAUGGUAUUUUUACAAUA